GUGUUUGGAGCGGUCCUUGGGAAAAUGGGAAAACCUGGCAAUGUUCUCCUUAAAUUCUUCGAUGCCAUUUCCUUCAUCACUAUGAAAAUGGUUCGCUCUGUCAUGUGGUACUCGCCGAUUGGAAUCCUCUCUCUGGUUACUGGCAAGAUUCUAGGCGUAAUGGAUCUCGCAAUGACUGCUCAACAUCUUGGGAUGUACAUGGUCACUAUUCUAACUGGCCUCUUCAUUCAUAAUGUGUUCAUCAUUCCGUUGAUAUACUUCGCUUUCACAAGAAAGAACCCAUUCAGAGUAUCUCUAGGAAUACUCCAAGCUCUCGCCACUGCUUUGGGAACUGAUUCAAGUGCAGCUACACUUCCGGUGACAAUACGUUGUUGUGAGGAAAAGUUGAAGAUUGACCCGGCAAUCACCCGUUUUGUUCUACCUAUUGGGGCUACUAUUAACAUGGAUGGUGCAGCUAUAUUCCAAGUCGUCACUUCCGUCUAUCUGGCUCAGCUGAGCAGGAUUCAUCUGCAGUUUUUACAAGUGCUUACAUUGGGCCUUGCCUCCACACUGGGUAGUAUAGGGGCAGCAGGAGUUCCUGGGACAGGGAUCUUGAUCACAAUGAUGGUAAUGAUCUCUGUAGGACUGCCAGUGAAGGACCUACACAUGGUACUGGCUGUCGACUGGUGUAUGGGUCGUAUGAGAACAAUGACAAAUGUCAGCGGUGACUGUAUGGCAGCCUCAAUUCUCCAGCACUUCUUCAAACCUGGCGUGGUAGAUGCGGCAUCCAGCAGGGAUGACCACAGAAGGGUUGCACCGGAAGACGCAGACGGAAUAACAAGAGACAAUUAUAUUGUGUGAUAUGUGGAAUAAUAUUUCCAAAAUAUUUCCUACAUUUACAUCCUCUAGUAUUGUGAGCAUGGCCUGUAAUAUAGUAAAACACCCACUCCAUCUGGAUCACAUAGUAGCGUGACACUGAUCUGCUACACACGAAGAUGGCCACACUAACAUGACACACGAACAUGAUUCUGGCCUACAAACACAGCGUCAUAUACACAUACUAUCUUUUAACACAUGCUCACAGCGCACGCACACUGCACUGAAACAGAAGAUCUAAAAUUAAAUCAUUAUGUGUACGAGAAAACCCCAUCAUUUUGUGCAUAAUAUUUACCUGUAUCCCAAGAUCGAUGUUCAUGAUGUUGAUCACUGGAAUGUCUAGUCCAGACUCGAUUAUUUACUGACCGCAAUCAUACAGCUGGAAUCUUGCUGAGACGGCGUUCAACAAAACACAACAUAAUAUUUACCUCGUAUAUGUAAUGCUACAUGCAAUGUCUGAGUAGCUUUCCUAAAUGUUCAAGCAGCAAUAUUCAUCUGGCCUAUAGUAGGAUUUGACCCGUGAGGGUCCGGGUUAGAAUUGAUCUUCAGUAACCAAUGCUUGUCGUACGAGGU